GGGGGAUGAUUCCUGACAGACCAGAACCAAACACAACUUCACUCAACUCGGCAUAUCCACCAUCAAAACCCAACCCACUGCCCCACUCACUGCACAAGAAGAACCAGUCAACAAGAACGACACAGAUCCGAGGAACGAUGGUCAAGGGAAGCGACAUAAUCUUGAUUCUCGUAGCAGUCAUUUUCCCUCCCGCGGCGGCCUUAUUCGUGACUGGAUGUGGCUGCGACCUUCUGAUCAACAUCCUGCUCACCAUAUUGGGAUACCUUCCGGGCCAUUUGCAUGCAUUCUAUCUGAUAUAUAAGCGGAUGCAAGCCGAGGAGCGGUACGGACAAGAGGGCUACAAGUAUGUCGGAAACGCAACCUACGAGCCGAUCGGCUACGAGCCCCCGGCCAACCACCCGCCCCCGAUCGUCCACCAAGCAUCGGCCCCUCCGGCUUAUGGCUCAGCCGUCUGACCAACCAUCCAUCCUCUCAUCCCCCUCCAACCUCUCUCAUCCUGAACUACAAUCCUCGCCCUUUCCGCCCUUUCUCGCCAUCUUCUCACCUUUCAUCUUCCCCCCCUUAAACAUCCCUCCACUUUCAACCUCUUCUCUCUUCUCUCUCUCUCAUCCUGUGUACAUUCUCCUCCCAUUCUUCUCCUGAAAUUAUUCUUUUUUGCUACAUGCUUAGUCUUCAAACCUCAUAGUAUGCUCGAUUUCUUUGUUGUUGUUGAUGAUCAUGUCCUCCUUCAUAAUCUGAUGUUGUAUUAUCUCCCCCCUUUCAUCCCAUUGAAAACAUGAAGGAAACAAAACCAAAAAAAAA